CUCACCUGGAGAGGAAGGAAAAGGGCUGGGGCCAGUGAGUGCCAGGUGCCUCCCUUCUGCUCCCCAGCUCCGCUCUUCCCUCUACGUGCUGGAGCCAAAAGCAGACCACUCUGGCAAGCCUGCCCUGCCACAGGGUGGGCCAAGCCCUCAGUGCCACGGCCAUGGGGCCACAAGGCCUGAGUUGCUGCCACCCUGCUCCUUCUGCAAUGUGGUGCUAAGCCAGCUGCACUGCAUGGGGGCACGGGACACCAGGGAACAGGGUGGACGCAGGCCCCAGGGGACAGCUGGUAACGCUGCAUCAGGGUCCCAGGCGCUGGCCCAUGGAGGGUCGCUGUAGGGGGGGGAGUGUUGGCAGCGGAAUGGCGCAGGCUCCCGUUGCAGGGCCCAGUGAGAGACACCAACUGAUCUCCCACUCCCCUGCCGAGGGGCUGCUCCUAGAGCACACAUACACAGGCCUGUCAUCACACACACAGCAACCUGUCAUAGCACAUGCGUACAUGUGUCAUUGCACCCACACGCACCAACCUGUUAUUACAAAUGCAGCCACCUCUCAUUGCACAUGCCGGCACCUAUCUCAUAGCACAAGUACACAUGCACCUCCGCUAUUGCAUACACCUGCACCCACCUGUUGUUGCACAAUCCUGCAUGCACAUCUGUCAUGGCACACACCUGUCAUUGCACACACACACACACACACACACACACGCACCCACGUGUCAUUGCACAGAUAUCAUUGCAUACGUACACACACAGCUGUUAUUGCAUAUGCACACAUGUAAACAUGCAACUACCUGCCAUUAUACACCCAUGCACAUGUGUCAUCGCACACAUGCACAUACACAUGUCUGUCAUUACACACACCUGUCAUUACACGUGUCAGAUAUUUGUCAUUACACAUGUACACACACACACACACCUGUUAUUGCAUACACAUGCAUGUCAUUGCAAAUAUCUGUCAUUACAUACACGUCAUUGCAUAUAGACACACACACACACACACGUCUGUCAUUACACAUGUGCAUACACCUGUCAUUAUACACACACAUGCACAUGCACCCACCUGUCUGUGCAAGCACCCACGCACAUGUCAUCACACACACAUCCAACUAUCAUUGGACAUGCACACACACAACCACAUAUUUGCUAUUGCACACACACCCAUCUGUCAUUGCCUAUGAGCACAAGUGUCAUCACACAAGUACACACUGUCAUUGCACAUGCACUCACAUUGUUAUUGCAUAUGUACAUACAUGCCUGUUAUUGCACAGACACAUUGCACAUGUACACAUCUGUCAUUGCACACGUGCACCCACUUGUCAUUACACACAACCACCUUCACACACACAAACACCUGUCAUUACAUGCGCACACAUCAUACAUACACACACACACACCUGUCAUUAUAGAUGCACGCACAUGAAUCAUUGCACACAUACACACCCACCUGCCUGUCAUUAUACACAUGUACACGUCAUCACACACGAGCACACACAUCUGUCAUUAUAGACACAGCUCAGUGCACACACACACCUGUCAUGACACAGUCUCAUUGCACAUGCACACGUUUGUCAUUGCACAUGUGUGUCAUUGCACCUUCACACACAUCUGUCAUUGCACACGGACACAUCCAUCCAUCAUUACACAGGUGCACGUGUCAUAACACGCUCACGUGUCUCAUUGCACACAUGCACAGCCACCUGUCAUUACACACACGUCAUCACACAUGUCUGUUAUGACACACAUAGCUCUCAUUGCACACACGCACGUACCCACACAUCUGUCAAUCCUUUUACAAAGUGCUGGGCAGAUCAGAAGGUUUGGGCUCCCCCCAGGGCAUGUCGCAGGGAAGGCUGGUCCAGUGGUUAGGGUACUGAGCUGGGACCUGGUUCAAGUCCCUCCCUGUAUAGGGUGAC